AUGGCAGACAGAGACGAAGGAGCCAAACGAACCCUAAUCUUCGUCUAUGGAACCCUCAAACGAGGCUUCCCAAACCACUACCUAAUUCAAGACCAACUCACAUCAAACGACGCCGUUUACCUGGGUUCUUACAUCACCGUUCAUCAAUUCCCCCUAGUCUGUGGACCCUACGGCAUCCCCUUCCUCCUCAACCUCCCCCAAUCCGAUUGCCACCACCGCGUCCACGGCGAGCUCUACGCCGUAUCCUCCCUGGGCCUGGAAGUUCUCGACGAGUUCGAAGGCACGAGUCUUGGCCACUACGAGAGAUUGCCGAUCCAGGUUUGUGGCGGAAGUGGGAGUGACGGUGGUGGUGAGGUGGUGGACGCAGAGGCGUAUUAUGGGCAUCGUUGUUUUGCGGAGGGGAUGUGGGAAAAGAAUGGAAGAGUUGGGUUUGAUGUGUAUACAGAGGAUAUGGCGAGGAAGUACGUGAAGAGGGAAGAUAGACCUAAGGGUCGGAGUUUUCUUGAGGCAAUCCGAUCCUUUUUUUUUUUGAGCUCAGGUAGAUCUUUGCGGAGUGAGAAAACUCUAAUGCUACCCUAUGAUCUGAAACAAUUGCGAUUGCAUGCAUCAUAG